ACCUAUAUGGAAUUGCUUGCCUUCUCAAUGAGGGGUUGGGGAUGGAGCAGGAGAAAGGAGGGACUUUGGAAGUCAAAGUUUUAAAAACAAAUUGUAAAAAGUGGAAAUCAUAAUACUGAUAACAAAUCUUAGUUGGCCUUGACCCUCUGGACAUCCCUGAGGCACAGAAGGCCCUCUUGAACGUUGGAGGGCCCUUCCCACUCCCUCCCUCAGCAGCUGGAGUUUCCAGGUGCUGGGGACAUCACCACCCUUGCAAUAAGCUCCAAGUCAGCUCCAGUAGCAGCCACAAGGGAGGCAGGGGGGCACGGUGGAAGGGCUCGAGGGCAGUGGGAGCAGAUGCUCUCCCAACUUGGGGAGGGACACCCCUAGCCAACAGGGGACUUUAUCAACAUGAUCCCGAGUAAGCUGAAGGCCCCCCCUCCCCCGGCCACACUGAAAGGGGGAAGCAGGGAAUUCUCUAGAAUGCCCAAAGCCAACUCCAAAGGAGGAGCUAACCCCAGGGAUUGGAGGGUGGACUCCCUCUGAGGCUGCAGAGCUGGGGUGAAGAGGAAGGAAGAAGGGAGGUUGUCUGAGGGGUGGGCAUAAGGCCAGUCUGAAGCCCUCCAAUCUACUGGUUAAAAGUUCAGGCCUUCCUUUUUCGGGGGAAAAGGGGAACUAAACAGAGAGAAAUGAGCGAAGGAGAUGAAAAUAUCCCUUGCAUUCUGAACCACAUUAAAAACAGCAGAAGUGAAUGACUGGAAAGCCCUACAGUGGUGGCUACCUUGGAAGGGCUUUCUCCAGCACAGGUCUCAUUCUGGCUGCCACACUCUGAAGAGAAGGACUGCCCUUUCCAUCUCCCUCUGGGACAAAGUCUGCUUCAUUGUUCUAAUGGGGUGUGUGUGUGUGUGUGUGUGUGUGUGUUGGUGUCUUUGGGGAGAGGCAGUGCUGGCAACAAUCCUGUUCCCAGGGUUGACCUUCCCAGAUCACUGGCCCUAGAUGCCCCUCUAGCCUGGCCAGAAUGGGGCUCAUUACCCAUUCUAUGAGCCGACUUGGCCGAUCUCAUCCUCCCAAUCCCAAAGCCCAGCUGCCCUCUAGAAAAGUCUCUAAAGUGAGACAACGCCAGGCCAAGGACGAUCGUCUCAAGAUGACAGCCUGGCUGCCCCUGGUCCCAGCUCGUGCUCUCUUUGUCCUCGCAGUCCCUUUAGCACGGGCCCAGCGUUCCGCAGGCGUUACCUUGGUAGCCAUCAAAGGACGCGGACCUGGACGCGGACUGGGACGCGGACACAGACGAGGCGGUCGGCUGACCGACUUAGCAGUCUCAGCAGUGCUUCUGGCACGCGCCCAGCGUUCGCCAGGCGUUACCUCGGUAGCCAAGCAAAGGACGCGGACUGGGACGCGGACGCGGACUGGGCGGUCUCAGCAGAAUUCCCUUGGAAGAUGUCUCGGCGCAGUGAGCGCCUGCGCCUCCGGUACCACCUACACGUUGAUGGAGAUGGCGGCGGCAGCAGCACCAGCAGCAGUGGCUGCAGUUCCCCUGUGGUCGGCCAGCACAUUCAAUGCAAUGACAGUUCCCUCAGGACUCGGAGGAGGAAGUCAAGUAGGGUCAAAGGCCUCUCACCAUCCCCUCUCCUGGCCAAAAUCACCUGCAGCACCCCUGGAUCCUCCUCAGGAUAUAGGUCUGAGGAUGACUGUGCAGGGCACUCGCUUUUGGACCAGCCUGGCUCUGCAUCCAACCUAAAGAACAGGGCUUCCCAGGUGGCCCUUCCUUGG